CUCCAGGAGGAGGUAGUGACGUGUUCCCAGGCCACAGAAUCUCCGCACCUCUCAGCAGCAAAUAAUGAGCUUAACCACACGACCUCAGUGCAAAGGGGUCAGUCAUUCGGAUUAUCACACUCCACUUUGACAUCACAAUCCUCCAUGCCUCUCGGUUUUUUUCUUCUUUUUUGGAAACCUGAAAUUUUUAUUUUACUUUCUUAGAUUUUUAUCCUUGUUGGAUGACAACUGAUAUUUUUAGUUUUGGUCACCGGGUCAGACAGGACAGUCAGCUCAAAUAUGGACUGUAGUUUGCUCCAGCUAAGACGAAGGGUGUAUACGCAUUGUUCAGUUUGAAGGCAGGCGCUAACUUUUAGAACAGGGAUUCACCCUUGUUUCCUUAGAAAACAUAACCCAAUGCCACUGUCCAACAACAAGGUCGCUGAUGAUGGAACUUCAGCGCAGCCACUGCAAGAAGGAAAAGCAAUGGUGGACUCCCUCAUCAAGGUGGUGGCAUGUUAUCGACACUUAGCCUCCUGUGUCGGUGGAUGCAUGGACAACUCCAGCCUGCGGCGGGAUCUUCGGCAAACACGAGAGCGAGCCCAGACACUUGCGGUGUCCUGCCGAAACCACCUGACAGCUCGACUGAGGGAUAAAACAUUACCAGAGACUGAAAGGAAGGAAACAGAGCUGUUGUGGGUAGCGUUCUCCUCGUGUCUGGAGCUCCUACAUGCAGACAUGUGCAAGGUUUUCACCAUGGCCAAGCACUUUUCCCUGGCCAAUAACAGUAACAUGGUGCAAACAGGCAUACAGGGUGGGACAACAGAGGUGGCGGCACGGGCCUUGAGUCUGCCGGACCUGCAGGAGGCAGGUGACGGGACCCAGACGUCCAGCGUGGAGGGUCAGGAGCAGAGUCAGCUGGAGCAGGAGAUCGCACAGGUGGACCGCACACUGGAUGACAUGGAGCUGAAAGUCAACGUUCUGCGCUGGACUGUGGAGGCACUGAGUCCUCAGUACGCUGACCCUGUUAGCACUGACAGCGCCUCACUAGCACUGCUGUCCAUCGACGAGGAGGCAGCUCAAAGCUUCUGCAGUCGUAGCCAGGUGUUCGCCGCAAUGAUGCUGAGCGGUGUGGCGAUCUUUGCAUUGGUGCUAUCAGUGUGUGUGGUGUUCCUGGUCUGAAGUCUUAUCUCUUUUUCUUUUUCUGAGGUCUCUUCAGUUGUGAUCGGCCAAACAUCAACAGUCUGAACAGCACAAUGUUAAAAAUGAAACUGUCUGCGUAUACUUACUGUCAACAAUUUAACAGUUUCUUACUGUUGAUCUCAACAGAGCCUGUGAGUUCUGUUUUACAAAUCAGAAAACUUUGCCAUUAUAAUAGUUUUGGGUGUAUAAUCAUUUAUAGCAAAUGAAAGCAUGAAUUCAUUUGGGUUUCAAUGCAGAAUAUUUUGGAAUUUGGGAAAGCAGUAAAAUAGUAAAGUCAGAUGUCAUAUGUACUUUCAGGACUUCUGUUUUGAGGUUUUGGUGUGUGUAAACACAAGUCCUGUUUACUGUAGCUCAAGUCCUGGGCGGUUCAUUGGCUGGUUCUUCAUGCCAUACCUUCAGAACCUUAUUCUGUUUUCGUUUUUGACUAUAAUACAGUAUCAACACUGACACAACAUCUAAUCCGGUAACGAUUACUUGGCAAGUUUGUACUGUAGCCUACUCUUGAAACGUUCUGGCAUUAUACAUUGGCAUUAUACGUUAUGCACAUCUUUGUGUGCAAUUUAAUUAUUGAUUUAGUUUAGAAUCAAAUGUUUAGAAACCUGUUACACUAGCCAGAAACAAUAGAAUGUUUGUUUUAAAAUGUUAGUCAGCAUAGUCAGCAUAUUGUAACUAUAUGGGGUUUGUAACUUAAAGGAAAUGUAACUUAGAAGUUUACAGAAAAGGACUGAAAUAUUUACCUCAAACUGAAAGUCACUUUUUCAAAGACAUUUGACAUUUCAAGACACUAUUGAGAAUCCAUCUGUUUUCCUUCUGGCAUUGUAAUGUCCCCAUUUCCAAGUAGCCUAUCUCAAGAAUAUUAAUUUUGUAAAAAAAAUAAAAAAAUAAAUAAAUAUAUGAAUAAAUUAGAUUUUUGAAUGUUAGUUUCAGUAUAUGUGUUGGUAGAUCUGUCAGACAAUAUCAGACUCAGUCUGAUUGAUAUUCAGAGUCAGUCUCAACAGUUUCUUUCUCGCAUUUUCCAUAUUGCUUGUAAAAUCACAAUAAAUCAGGGAGUUAAACUGUAGAGGUGUCCCAUUUUGGUAAAUGUGCAGCAACAAUUGCAAAUGGAGCCCUAAAAAUGGAGCCCUUAUAUUUACACCCUUAGUAAACAUUUUC